GGAGGCCGCCGCCAUGUCCGCCAGCGCCGUCUACGUGCUGGACCUGAAGGGGAAGGUGCUCAUCUGCAGAAACUACCGUGGUGACGUGGACAUGUCUGAAGUGGAGCAUUUCAUGCCCAUCCUUAUGGAGAAGGAGGAGGAAGGGACGCUCUCGCCCAUUCUGGCCCACGGAGGGGUCCGCUUCAUGUGGAUUAAGCACAACAAUUUAUAUCUGGUUGCCACCUCUAAGAAGAACGCCUGCGUCUCUUUGGUGUUCUCCUUCCUUUACAAAGUUGUUCAGGUGUUCUCUGAAUAUUUCAAGGAACUGGAAGAGGAAAGCAUCCGGGAUAACUUUGUGAUCAUUUAUGAACUCUUAGAUGAGCUGAUGGAUUUUGGGUAUCCCCAAACCACUGAUAGCAAAAUCUUACAAGAGUACAUAACGCAAGAAGGCCACAAGCUGGAGACGGGAGCGCCACGCCCUCCUGCCACUGUGACCAACGCCGUGUCGUGGCGGUCUGAAGGGAUCAAGUACCGGAAGAACGAGGUCUUCCUGGAUGUCAUAGAAUCGGUGAACCUCUUGGUGAGUGCCAACGGGAACGUCCUGCGCAGCGAGAUCGUGGGGUCCAUCAAAAUGAGGGUGUUCCUGUCUGGGAUGCCGGAGCUCCGCCUGGGCCUGAACGACAAAGUCCUCUUCGACAACACGGGCCGUGGCAAAAGCAAAUCCGUGGAACUGGAGGAUGUGAAAUUCCACCAGUGCGUUCGUCUCUCUCGCUUUGAGAACGACCGGACCAUUUCUUUCAUCCCACCUGACGGGGAGUUUGAACUCAUGUCCUAUCGUCUUAAUACCCACGUGAAGCCCCUGAUCUGGAUCGAGUCCGUCAUCGAGAAGCACUCCCACAGCCGCAUUGAGUACAUGAUCAAGGCCAAGAGUCAGUUCAAGCGCAGAUCCACGGCCAACAACGUGGAGAUCCACAUCCCGGUCCCCAACGACGCCGACUCGCCCAAGUUCAAGACCACCGUCGGGAGCGUCAAGUGGGUGCCGGAGAACAGCGCCAUCGUGUGGUCGGUCAAGUCCUUCCCGGGCGGGAAAGAGUACCUGAUGCGUGCCCACUUUGGCCUCCCAAGCGUGGAAGCCGAGGACAAGGAGGGGAAGCCGCCCAUCAGCGUUAAGUUCGAAAUCCCCUAUUUCACCACCUCCGGCAUCCAGGUGCGCUACUUGAAGAUCAUUGAGAAGAGCGGCUACCAGGCGCUGCCGUGGGUGCGCUACAUCACCCAGAACGGAGAUUAUCAGCUGCGGACACAAUAACGUCAACUCCACGGCCACGAGCGCUGCGCGUCUUCCAGCUGAGGGUCACUUUUGGGGCUCGGAGGUCUGGCUGGAGGCUGCCGUGGCCGGCUGGAGGAGGGACCAGGCCAGAGCUUGCGCUCGAAGCCGACCCUGUGGAUGUGUCUUUCUCCCGCCCCACCCCACCCCCACCCCCACCCCACCCCCGUGCCCUGUUCAGUGUUGUUCAUGUUCGGAGCAGCUGUUGCCCUGGGCGGAGGCCUGGAGCCGCCCUCGGGAGAAACCAGGCCGGUCUUGUUAUUUCUGUGCUUCGGAAGCCAGGCCGGCCCGCCUCUGCCGCCUCUUCCUGAAGCCUUGCAAGUAUUAGAGGAGCCCCUCUUGCCAGAGAAACGCCUGCUGCCGACACAGCAGCAUUCCGGAAAACCCCAGGCUGACGCUUCAUCUUGAACGUCAGCUGUGUUUAGUGGUGCUGAGCUGUUUGCCAAGAAAGAACCAUCCAGACUGGAGGCCCCCAAGCACACCUAUUUUGCAAAGUGCAGCCCGUCUCAGUGACAGCGCUCAGCUCAAGGGGGAGGGAGGGAGGGAGGGAGGGGUCGGUGCUGCCGCAAGAGCAGCAGCAGGUCUCGUACGACGAGGGCAGGGAAUUGCAAAGCGCCGCCUAAGCGCUUCGGCGCAGUUCCCAUCCUGGAGCUGAGAAAACGCACCCUGUCCAGGUGAGGUGGAAAAGCCCCCUGGCCAGGCCGAAGGCACCGGAAGCCUCCCUGUACCAUGGGAGGGGAGGGGAAGGGAGGGGCUGGCCUGCUCUGCUCUCCCCCGACCCGCUCGCUUCCUGUGUCUGGAGGAUCUCUCCCUCCCUCCCGGGAGACUCCCAGCGCCGCAAAGCCUCAGGAGUGGCAGCUGGCCGGAGGGCUCCAGGCAGGGAGUGAAGGAGGCCUAGCAAAGAGGGUGGGCGGGGGGCGCUUCUCCUCUCUCCCGCUUCCUCCAUUCCAGCUGCUCCUGAGGAAUAUCCCACAUGCUCUUUAGCAACACCCCCCUUUCAAGGUGGCGUCCCCCCCCCCCCCCAUUUCCCUCCAAAGAGCUUUAGGUCUCAGUUCCGUGACACUUUGCAAUGGCUCCGUUAGUGUCUGCUUUUUGAAAAGCGGACUUUAACAGGAUUGACCUUUGGAGCCCUCUGUGUAUGCAGCAACGUUGGAGGCUGCAGUAUUCCUGGGGAAGCCGCUCCUGGCUGUGUGGGCGGUUGGCAAGUAGGGGUCUCCGGGAUGCGUGGGUCUGGGCGGCGGGUUUCCACAGUGGCACUUGGCGGUCCUGCCUGGAAAAUGCAGCUUCACUGGCGGUGGGGGUGGGGUCGCCUGCAGAAGUUGGUUCUGCUGCCUCCCCUUCUCUCUUCCCUCCCCACGCUGUCAGAAGCAUCCGUCAUGGCUGCAGGUCAAUGUCUUUGUUGCUUAAAAGUCUGUUUAAAAUAAAUUGAUCUUAGCUCAA